UCCUUCUGGCCGUAUGGGCUUCAUCAAGCGGAUCUAGGCGACAGUGGAGCAGUUAGGCUGUCCUCCCCAAACAUGAGCUUUUUCCCCAGGGUGGAGGAACCCAAAAAGAGCCGGCAUGGAGCUCUCCCAGCCGCCUAAACCUUGGCAGUAGUUCGGCUGCAUAGAGACACUCGGGCCGUUUAAACAAACAGAGGUAUCUGUCCUCUUUAUUUAUUCACCAGAGAAGAUGGCGGAGUUCUCCCCUGUUCUGCCAAUGCGGGAUGGAGGAGGACGACUUGGCCAGCCCAUCUUCCCGCGGUCCAGGACCGGUUCCGAGUCCGAAAGCGAGCUGUCCCAGAGCCUGGCCCGAACCAAGAUCCGGUCCUACGGAAGUACAGCCAGCGUCACAGCAUCCCUGGGCGAGAAAUACAUAGAGCAUCGGGUUACAGACAGUGAUACCCUGCAGGGGAUUGCUCUCAGAUACGGUGUGACGAUGGAGCAAAUCAAACGAGCCAAUAAGCUGUUUAGCAACGACUGCAUCUUCCUAAGGAACAGCCUCAACAUCCCCGUGGUGUCCGAGAAGCGCUCAAUCUUUAACGGACUGUCUCUGGAGUCUCCUGAUGGGGACAGCGAGACGGCGUACCAGGAUACAAAAACGCCUCAUGUUAUGAUGGAGGACAUCGAGGGCCCCUCGCCGCCCUCAUCCCCUCCCCCUGAGAACUCUAGACCUUCUCAGCCUCAACCCGAGGAACUGUCAGCCAAAGACUUCUUGCACAGACUGGACUUGCAAAUCAAACAGUCAAAGCAGGCUGCACAGAGAAUGAAAGAAGAGGAAGUUAGGAACAAUGAGGACUACACGGCCCCUGAAACUUCAUACCAGGAGCUUUAAAGGACCGGCCCGUUUCUACAAACCCUCAUUAUUAACACACAACCUCAACUUUUUGUGUUUACCAUGCUAAACAAGUGUCAUGUUUGCCUUCUUAUUUAUAGAAAUGUAAUGAUUUGUUUUAUUAAAUCUUUUUUUGUUGUCGUUUUCAUUCUUUUUUUACGGUUUUAUCUUCCUGCUCUAUUGAUGCUGCUGUACAGAACACACCGGCUUCAUUUGCCCACAUGCUGAAAUGAGAUACGCUAGGCCUGAUGAAAGCUCUGCAUAUUUGAAUUCUUCUUGACAGAACCGAAUCAUUGGAAUGUCUGUUAAAGUGUUUUUCAUCAGUGUUGUCCCUGUCACUAGCAAAAGCCCCAAAGACUGAAGUGAUGGGUGGAUUCUUGCCUUUGAACACGUUAAGUCUUUGUUUUUGUUGGAAACGGAAGUGAAGAGAGAGUUCUAUUUUUGAAGUGUGAAUGCAUUAUUUAUAUGUGAGGAGAACAUGUCGGUAGCAGCUGUUUUAUGGUGGUUUUAAACUUCUUUGGUUGUAUUUGUGGAAAAUAAAAAUGUAUUUA